GAGCUAACAGCUUGUACUCACCGUCACUGCCCACGAGACUGUAGAGUCAGCGCUUUCCAACGAUGUCUGACACACUCGACGUUUGCCUCAUCGAUCCGAAUCUUGCGCCACCUACCCGACCGCCCAGCGCGCUCAGCACGAACAGUGACACCUCCUACUUCGCGUUAUACGAGGAGUCCGAGUCCGAGCAGGUCGACCCAGAUAACCGCCCUCCUGAGUACCUCCCUCGUCGCAUCGUCGUUGAGACCAUCCGCCGGCAUGGAUGGGAGUGCCUGCUCUGCGGGCGGGGAGACGACCUGACGGUCGUGCGUGCGGUGCUGCAGCACGAGAACGAAGGUGCCAGCGAAGACCCGAUCUCGUGGCUGAAGUCCUUCGGCCUUCUUCCACCUGGGUAUGAACGCGACGACUGGACGAAUCUGAUGACCCUGUGCGGGUUGCAUGCGAGAGCAUACGACGAGGGUGUCUGGCGUUGGGUGCCGUGUGCGAAGUACCGACGACAAAUGUUUAGCGCCCUUCCCGCUCGCGCGAACGCUUUGGAGAAUGGAGAUGGAGACGUCACCAUGACCGAUGAUAUCGCUGACGAGACUUCCAAGGAACUCGACGACUCCUCACUGAGUCCUAUCUCUCCGUCCGACGCGGGGGUACCCGCCGAAACUCUCGUCGACGACGGCAUUUCGGGCACUACCAGAAAGACGGAGAUUCGCUUCCAACCCUCCGCCAUGUCAUCCGAUUUCGGCUCGCAGAUGGAAACCCCUCAAUUUGACGUGCUCGUAUUGCGACCAGAAUCGAUGCCAGCUGUCCCGAACGCGCUUUCAAAGUCAUCCGCCGCUGUAUGGCGCGAGUGGCGAACGCUCAUCCUCAACCCUUACGUCGCCUAUGCAUCUUCCUUGGAGGUGAUCGGGGUCGCAGAUUCGGCCUCGCAAGAUGUCCUAUUGCAAGGAGUGUCCAAGGAGUGUUUGGAUAUACGAUCAAGGUGGGAAGCCGUUGCCGCGUAG